UUAGCCAAUGGCGCUUUUUACUUUUUCUAAAAACGUAAAUGAAAUAUUAUUUAAUUGCACAUAGCUCUCUUAACGUUUUCAUAAAUAUUUCAGGGGUAGAUGGGAGCUAAUGAAUCCAGCCUCGAGCCGAACGCCUUUGAAGUUCCGGGAACCGGCAUAGAGGGCAUUGAAACGCCUACCUGGAGAAACAUGCGUUGUCUGAAAUUGAAUAAUGGAGAAUUGACAUCAAGUUAUUUUCUUGGAAUAGACACAUGUCAUGAAAUGUUUAUUCACUUGGUUAAGAAAUAUUCUAAGAACAGAUGCAUUGGGGUCAGGGACAUCAAAGAGGAUUCUGAUGAAUAUGUGUGGUUGGACUACGAAACAGUGCUCCAGAAGGUGAAAUGCGUCGGCUCGGGGCUAAGAGGCAUGGGACUCGAGACUAAUGCUAAGAUUGCCAUCUACACGAAAAACCGGCUGGAAUGGAUACUGGUUAUCCAGGCGUGCUACGCCCAGUCCUACGUGUCGGUGCCGACAUACGAGACGCUUGAUGAUAAGAAGGUGUUGCAGAUAUUGCGCGAAGCGGAGGUAGAGUGUUUGUUUUGCGGACAGGAUAAGAUAGAAAGGUUGCAGGCCAACUGCGGCGAAGUACCGAGGCUGCGAUAUAUCGUUGCGUUUGACUACGUGAGGGAUGGUGGUGUGAAGGGAGGGUUGCCUGGUAUCGAGGUGCUAUCGUUUAAGGAACUUUUGGAGAGGGGUCAGAAUGAUCCGGUUCCUUUUACGCCUCCGUCUCGCACCGACAUUGCGACUAUAUGUUACACUACCGCCAACUCUGUUUCGCAGAGCAGGGGUUGCCUGCUUACUCAUGGGAAUUUGUUGGCUGGAAUUUCUGCUUGUUUGUAUUCUGGGAUUCAGCUCACGGAAGCGGAUGUGUACCUGAGUUAUCUUCCGCUGGCGCACAUGUACCAGCGUUUGUUUGUCGAGGCGUGUUUGAUGGCUGGGGCGGCGGUUGGGUUCUACGCUGGGGACAUAAGUACUUUGUUUGACGAGGUGGCGAGGUUGAAGCCGACGAUUUUUUCGUCAGUGCCGCGAGUUUUCAACAAGUUUCACAAGCGAAUUGUGCAAGUCGUCGAGUCCUUUGGAGAGUUUUACAAGAUGGUGUUUGAUGCCGUGCUCCAGGUGAAGCGGGAUAGUAUUAGGAAAAGGAGGACGCUUCGUUCUUACGUUUGGGACAGAUUGAUAUUUUAUUUUAUUAGAAAUUUGGUGGGGGGUCGAGUUAGAUUGGUGAUUUCAGGUUCGACGCCGCUCAGUUCGAAGCUUCAAGAUUUCAUGAGGGUGUCUUUGUCUUGCCCGUUGGUGCAGGGCUAUGGCUUGACGGAGACGACCGGUAUGUGCACGUUGCAGACGGUGGAGGAUCUGAGCGUAGACAACGUGGGUCCGCCGCUGACGUGCUGCGAGGUGAAGUUGGUGUCGAUUCCAGAGUUGGGAUACUCGGUUGCGGACGUUCCUCCGAGGGGGGAGAUUUGCGUCCGUGGAUUCAACGUGUUUGACGGAUACCUGAACGGCGAGAAGGGGAGGCUUAGUCGAGUGGACGGAGACAAUUGGUUUCACACGGGAGACAUUGGGUCGAUAGGCGAGGAUGGCAAUUUGGUCGUGCUGGACGGGAAGAGAAAUUUUGUCAGGGUGAAGGAGAAGGGUUUUGUGAGUUUUGAGAAGUUGGAGGCGGUAUUGUCGAAGAGCAAGUGCGUGUCGCAGAUUUUCGUGUAUGGCGAGUGCGAUCAGCCGGCGUUGGUGGCCGUGGUGGUUUUGGAGGUGAGCGAGAUGCGAGAUUGGAUAGGUGAGGGAGGGGCGGUGGACGAGCUGUGCAGGGACGAGAGGGUGAGGAAGAGGGUUUUGGAGGACAUGGUUGAGGUUGGGAUCGAGCACGGGUUGGCGGAUUAUGAGUUGGUGAGGGACGUGUAUUUGGAGUCGGUUCCGUUCACGAUCGAGUCCGGAGAGCUGUCGCGCAAGCACAAGUUGAAGAGGAUGAAUUUGAAGAACAAAUACGCGGACGUGAUAGUGUCUAUGUUUAGGCGCUGCGGCGAGCGGGAAGCGGCGGAGGUUAAGAGCGAAGAUUUUGAGGGGUUUUGUUCAGAAGAGAAGGAAGGCACGGUAUUGGGUAGUGGAGGGGAGCUGGUAGAGAAGGGCGGUAGGCACGUGGUGGAGUGUCGGGGUGUUGGCGACGGCGAGGCGAGGAAUGAGAGAGGGGUGGAGAGUGUGUUGUUGGACGCAGGGUUUGACGAGUUGUCAUUGAAUGUAGAGGAGAGGUCGCCUGCGAGCGAGGAUUUAUCAGAGACAGUGCCGAACGGUUCAUCGUCGACAGAGGAAAAGAGCGGAGGUUUAUCGCUGACGAACAAAAGUUCAUCCUUGGACGAGCUGCCGUCUAACGGAAAUUUGUUGUCGGUGGUCGAGGUGGCGGACUCGUCGAUUUUCGUGGUGAAGGAGGUGAGGGGGAAGCCAGUGAAGCAGUUUGGAUGUUUAUUGCCCCAGAAGGAGCCUUUGGUCGAAGAGAACAACAUAAAAAUGAGUGAGUGUUUUCCCGUGAUUUUUUAGGCAGGGUUUGUGGCGCAGCGGUCCGAGGAGCGAGGGUCGAGUGA